GGCGGAAGGUGGUUCUUCCCUUCUCAGUCUCCUCCUCGGAAGUAGACGUCCGUGUCUAUAUUCCGUUCAUUUUAUUUUUAAUAUCAGUUUGGAAGGAUCCCUUUUAGUUUUUAAUACCCCCACCAAAUUUUACGGCAAACAUGGAGGCGAAGCUGGACGCUUAAAAAGAUGACGGAAUCCGAUCUGCUCCUUUAUUUUACCUCAAUUUAAUGGACCGGAUGAUCUGCGUUUCCCACAACCUUGCAGGGGAGGUAGCUGUAUCCAGUGGGGAGGUAGGCUUUUCCAGGGUUCGUGAUGAAGUUCACCCUGCCCCUGGAAAGCCGGAAGCUGUCGUCUCUUCUGGAGAAGGCAGUUUCUAGGGAAGCCAAACUAUGGAAGGUUUACGUGCCAAAGAAACCUACCAACCAGGAUACAGAUAUUUCCCCUGAAAAGCGUGAUGAGGCCGUCCGGUGGUUGAGGGAUGUUCAUUCCCAGCUGAAGCUCUAUCCAGAGACCCUCUGCCUGGCCAUCGGCAUCCUGGAUCGCUUCCUCUCUGCCAUUAAGGCUCGUCCAAAGUACCUGCGCUGUAUCGCCAUCUCUUGUUUCUUCCUGGCUGUUAAGACCAGUGAGGAAGAUGAGGUGAAUGCAGUAUUAAUAUAUAUCAUCAUCAUUUUUUUUCCUCUCUUUCAGAUCGACAGUUCUCAGCUGAUCGGCUGUCGAGAGCUGGUUGCACGUUGCCUGUCCACGUACACGGCUUCCCUGCCUCCUAACACUGUGUACAUCUGCCAUCCCCUGCCCGCCUGGCACAUCUCCCCCGCCCUGACAGCGCCCUCUGACCCCAACACCACCCACACCCGCUCGUGCAAGUCUUCGGCCAAGCGGAAGGUGGAACACAUGGAGGUGGAUGAGUAUUUCGAUGGGAUCAAGCGCCUGUACAGCGAGGAGAGUCCCCAGGAGGGGGCGCCCACGUGCACGGCCGAAACGGUGGGAGGAGGACAGGGUUUACUGGUGAUACAGCAGAACGCUGGGUUCUCUCCCUGCCCGCCUCUCCAACCGGUCAGAGAAACCUAGAGGAAACGGCUAAUCAAUCACAUAACCGCAGCAGCCGCGUUCAUCAGUUCACCUCAGAGCAAGAGAGAGGCCAAAAUACUAACAAAAAAAGCAUACUCUUUGCAUGAUGCCAUUUCAUAACCGUAAACAUGAAAGGCUUUAAAAAAGCAGAAAAAAAUCUAUAUAUAAAGGAAAAAUGUUUGCAAAAAAAAGUAGAAAUAUUUUUCCCUCCAUCUGUGGAAACUGGUAUUGCUCCUGUUUGUCUCUUUUUAUAUGUAUUUGCCAAUUUUAUUUCAUCUAAAACGUUCACUAUUAUCUUUUCUCAC